AUGAUAGUAAGGGUUUUUUUAUUUAUUUUGUUGCUGUGUGUUGGUGUAAAUACUUUGGAAAGUUUGUGUUCGAAUAAUGUGUCCGAUAAAAAGUGUUUAUGCAAAAGACUUACAAAUCAAGCUACAAAUUUGCCAACUUCAUUGGCCAAUUGCAACGGGCUGAGUAUCAACGAGUUUCCAAAAUUGUAUCAGUUUCCUGAUGACUUAACUGUUUUGGAUCUCUCGAUGAACAAUAUUCAAUUUCUGAACUUUUCUUCAAAUAAUGAUAUCCUUCAAAAGCUGAUAUUAUCUUUUAACAGUAUCAAUGUAAUUGAGGAACAUUUUUUUCAAAGCUUACCAGAAUUAGCUUGGCUAGAUCUGAGCCACAAUAACAUCUCGAGUUUUGAUAAUGUGAAUAUUUUCCUCGAGCAAAAACGCCUUGUUUAUUUGGAUUUGAGUUAUAAUAAUUUCAAAGAACUUCCUAGUGCCGUUUUUGAGCCCAUACCUCUUCUACGUGUAUUGGACUUGAGCUAUAAUCCUCUUGGAAAAUUUCUAACAAACUCCAAAGAUGUUUUAAAUAUGCAAUUGGGAUUAUCAACAAAUAUUACACAUUUCAAGCUGAAUAACGUCGGUUUGAGUGACCUUCAUCCAGACUACUUCGGGCAAUAUCAAGGACUAAAACAUUUAGAGUUCCAAGAUAAUAAUUUACAAUUUAUUCCUACAGUACCUUACUCAGUAGAAUACUUAGAUUUUUCUGGAAACAAUCUUACCUUCAUAUCUGCCAGAUACCUAAAUUAUCAUUCUUUGAAAAUACUGAGAUUAAGCAGAAUGCCUACCUUAGUAUCAAUUCACCAUUAUGCCUUCUACAAUUUGCCCUCUUUGGAAUCCUUGAUUAUAACCGAUUGUCCAAAUAUUAAAGAAUUUACUGAUUUGGCUUUUGGCUUGGCUUCGAAAACGAUGGAAAUUCAUCCGAAAAGAUUAAUAUUGGCUAGGAAUGGACUCGCUAAAUUGAAUUCCACCUAUAAGCAUAUGUUCAGAAGGAUGGAACAUAUUGAUUUGAGGCACAAUCCUUGGGAUUGUAACUGCGCUCUUUUGUGGAUGCAAGAAUUCAAUGCUGAACUUUUUAAAGGAAACGAAAUCAGGUGUGCUGGACCACCCCAAUUAAAACGUAAACGUCUCCAAGACCUAACUCAUUUCGACUUACCCGACUGCUUCCCAGACAUUUAUGGUAAAACGUCCCAUAGAGUAACGAUUAUUAUACUCAUGGCAACUGUAAUAUUCCUUAUGGGUCUCAUUUUCUAUUUGAUAAGAUAUCCUAAGGCAUGGGUAAAUCCAAGACACAUUGGAAUUGGACCUAAUUCGCCUUAUAGUGCUGCGCCGCAAGAUGAUGUUAGAUUUUAG